AUGACGCGACGACGUAGUGCCAGUCCCAAUCUGCGUCAUCUAACGUCGUCGUCAUCGCAAAAACGCAUUUGCUUAAGCUUGCUAUUAUCACGGUUCCACGUGUCGAGGUUGGAUAAGGAUUCUUCCAAACAAUCACCGUCAGUCGUAAAGUUUCUAAACAACUUUGUAUCAUCAGCCUACAUAGCUUUCGAAGAGCCAUUGGAUAUUUCUUCUGGAAGAUCGUUUAUGAAGAUAGCAAAAAGUAUCGGACCCAAGAUACUUCCUUGUGGCACGCCGGAGAUAAUAGGCACCCAGCUUGAUGGGACACCUUCGACAACAACUCUUUGG